CACGCGCGCAUCCCGCAGCCGCGCGAUCCGUCCGCUUCCUCCUCCCCGCGCCCGCAGCCCCCGCCGCCGAUGCCAGCCGCCGCGCCCGCGCAAGGGAAGUUGCUUCCCAAAUCCCGCAGACAAGAUUUAAUCCCGUGAUUCUUCCCAUCCAUGGCAGCCGUGCCCGCAAACCGCGCCUCCCCACGACUCCCACUUCCAUGGCGUCGCCCCCUUCCAUCCAUGGCAGUCACGCUCCCUCUGCGCCCUUCCAUCCAUGGCUGCGGCUCCCUCCGCGCCGCAAUUCUUCCCAUCCUCUCCUUCCGCGCGGUUUGCGGCUACCAAUCCUCUCCCUCUGCGUCGUGUUCUUCCCAUCCUCUCCCUCCGCGCCGGAUCUCGCCCCAUGUCCACCAACGCCGGUGUCCGUGAUGGCGCGCUCGGGGCAGCGGUGGACGCAGCCUUUGCCAGGCGUGUGCUCCAGGCCGAGGCCCUCCUCGGGUACCUCUCCGCGCUGGCCACCAGCCCGCGUGCCGAGGGCGACAGGGUGGACCCCGCCGUCGCCGCGGCGCAGCUCGGGGCGCUCGGCCGGUGGAAGGGCUCGGCGAGGGGCCUUCCCGAGUACACGGUCGUCCACGGCAUCGAUGGUGCCGUCGUCGCCGCCCCUGGGAGAGCCAAAGCCAAGCAGAGGAGGCCGCAGUCGACCGGAUUUGGGAAUCCUGCUCCUGCCAAACGGGAUGAACGGAAGGAAGCAAAAUCUUUCUGGGGUUGAUUUGGCUUGAAGGAAGCGGGAUCUUUCUGGACAAUGGCUGUCUAGCUUCAUCCAUUCUGGUAACAAAGAAAAAAACAAGAAACAUCUGGUAUCUGAGUCCAGUAGAAAGUUGUGCAAAGAGAAGAGCAAAAUAUCUACACCAGACGUCUCUUUUAGGUACAGAGGGAUGGAGUCUUGUAAGAAGGUAGCUGCAAGCUUGAAGUCGUGUGAGCCAUGGGGGAACAGGGCAUCCUGGACAAACGCCGUUGGGCCAGGUUGGAAGUUGAGCUUUGCUGUUGAGCCAUGGACUAAGGGCUUUAGCGCGUCGUGUGCGGCGCCAUAUUCUGCUGGAGCCACAGAGCAUCAAUUAUCG